AUGAGACAUAGAGUGAAAAAGGUAUGCAACGUGUUGAGUUUCUUUGUUAAGUUCUAUGGACUUGGGGUUCCUAAUGCCCUAUUGAAUGCAUUCUGGAGCAAAAUCAGUAGGACCAAGCAACAAGACAGUUCGUUAACGAGCCGUUUGAAUCUGGAAGUGCUUAAAUAUGCGAAUACUGGUGCUAUUGAGAGUUUCAUUAGGCCGCUGAUGGCACGGUGUGUUUGUUGGUGGUAUAUCAAGCAGACGUGGGGCGAGGGAGCUGCUGAGAAGUUUGAGUUUGACUAUGUGGUGAAGGAGGAUGGGCUUUCUAGGUUAGGGUGUUUAGAAAAGGCGAAGCAGUUUGUUGGUAAGCCUCGUACAUCCAAGAGUAGAUUUCUUACCAGGCCUUCGUACCAUCACCAUGAUGAUCCGAUAAUUUUUUAUUUGCAUGGGGGAGCUUUUGGAAUUGGUUUGUCUAGGUUUGAUUAUGCUUUUAUGUCACAGGUGCUCGAUCCUCUCUCUGAGGUAUUCCCAGAACUUAAAGCGUUGGUUAUGGACUACUCUUGUGUUACAGUUGACGGUGAGAAUGCCUUCCCAAUAGCGUUAAUGGAUACUAUUACCAUAUACCGUGAAAUUUGCAAGGCUUACACUAACCCCCGGAUAUGGAUUAUAUCCUGCAACGCUGGUGCGAAUUUGAACCUGGGCCUAUUGCAAUACUUGGCAGAAAUUAACGAUCCUGGUUUAGUAUGGCCAGAAAAGUCAUUCUGUAUAUCACCUUGGCUAAAUUUGUCGAUGUUCAACCACGAAGAAGUCGAUUUAGUUGAACGGACGAAGGACGAUAACGUAAUGUACAACUUUAUGGACAGGAUGUCUUCUGCAUACCUUCACGGUCAAGAAGAAAGCUCUAACAAAGUAAAUCCAUAUAUCAAUAUUGAAGCUAAUCUCAACCCAGAACUAUGGACUCUUAUAUUAGAAAAAUCCAAGUUACAUGUUGCUGUUAUUGAAGGAGAUAUAUUGCAGUCCGAAAUCAUGAAUUUUAUAGAACAGUUGCAUAUUCCUUCUACCAUUGUAAAUGCAGCUUACAAGCCAAAUUCUAUACUAAAAUACAUGUGGCCCUACGAAGGGGAUUGGGCUCUCGAAGAUCCAAUCGGUCGCGCUUUAGUUCCAUUCUUCCUCCGCUGA